ACAUAAUUUUGCUUUUUCUCUGUUGUCAACCUUCAGGUUUGGAAUCUCUUCAGUAAUUCCAGGCAGAGAGGAGAAGAGUGAAUGAUGCCAAUGUCCGGAGAAUUUCCCCUGGUCAUGGUCGUUGUGGUUGUUGGUGGCGGUCCUGCUGCUGUUUCUGGUAAGAAGAAAAGUCAGAGAGCAAACAUGAGAGAAAGGUAGACAAAGGAGAACAGGAUGAACAAAGUUACAGUGGCUAUAGAAAGUCUACACCCCCUUUGGAUUUCUUCACAUUUUAAUGUUACAAAGUGGGAUUAAAAUGGAUUUAAUUUUCAUUUUUUGUCAACGAUCUACACAAAAUACUCUGUCAAAGUGGAAGCAAAAUUCUAACAUUUAAAAAAAAAUUAACCAAAAAUAAAACACUAAUAUGUCUUGAUUAGAUAGUACAGUCGUGGUCAAAAGUGUUGAGAAUGACACAAGUAUUGGUCUUCACAAAGUUUGCUGCUUCAGUGUUUUUAGAUAUUUUUGUCAUAUGUUACUAUGGUAUACUGAAGUAUAAUUACAAGCAUUCCAUAUGUGUCAAAGGCUUGUAUUGACGAUUACAUUAAGUUUAUGCAAGAGUCAAUAUUUACAGUGUUGACCCUUCUUUUUCAAGACCUCUGCAAUCCGCCCUGGCAUGCUGUCAAUUAACUUCUGGGCCAAAUCCUGACUGAUGGCAGCCCAUUCUUGCAUAAUCAAUGCUUGGAGUUUGUCAGAAUAUGUGGGUUUUUGUUUGUCCACCCACCUCUUGAGGAUUGACCACAAGUUCUCAUUGGGAUUAUGGUCUGGGGAGUUUCCUGGCCAUGGACCCAAAAUGUCGGUGUUUUGUUCCCCGAGCCACUUAGUUAUCACUUUUGCCUUGUGCUCCAUCAUGCUGGAAAUGCGUUGUUCGUCACCAAACUGUUCUUGGAUGGUUGGGAGAAGUUGCCCUCGGAGGAUGUGUUGGUACCAUUCUUUAUUCAUGGCUGUGUUCUUAGGCAAAAUUGUGAGUGAGCCCACUCCCUUGGCUGAGAAGCAACCCCACACAUGAAUGGUCUCAGGAUGCUUUACUGUUGGCAUGACACAGGACUGAUGGUAGCGCUCACCUUGUCUUCUCCGGACAAGCUUUUUUCCGGUGCCCCAAACAAUCGGAAAGGGGAUUCAUCAGAGAAAAUGACUUUACCCCAGUCCUCAGCAGUCCAAUCCCUGUACCUUUUGCAGAAUAUCAGUCUGUCCCUGAUGUUUUUCCUGGAGAGUAAGUGGCUUCCUCGCUGCCCUUCUUGACACCAGGCCAUCCUCCAAAAGUCUUCACCUCACUGUGUGUGCAGAUGCACUCACACCUGCCUGCUGCCAUUCCUGAGCAAGCUCUGCACUGGUGGUGCCCCGAUCCCGCAGCUGAAUCAACUUUAGGAGACGGUCCUGGCGCUUGCUGGAUUUUCUUGGGCGCCCUGAAGCCUUCCUCUCAACAAUUGAACCUCUCUCCUUGAAGUUCUUGAUGAUCCGAUAAAUGGUUGAUUUAGGUGCAAUCUUACUAGCAGCAAUAUCCUUGCCUGUGAAGCCCUUUUUGUGCAAAGCAAUGAUGACAGCACAUGUUUCCUUGCAGACUCCCGAAUGGCGCAGUGGUCUAAGGCACUGCAUCGUAGUGCUAGCUGUGCCAUUAGAGAUCCUGGUUCGAGUCCAGGCUCUGUCGCAGCCGGCCGCAACCGGGAGACCCAUGGGCGGUGCACAAUUGGUCCAGCGUCGUCCAAGGUAGGGGAGGGUUUGGCCGGCAGGGAUGUGGGUUCGUUUCCCACGGGGGGCCAGUAUGAAAUAAAUAAAAAAUAAAAUAUGUAUGCAUUCACUAACUGUAAGUUGCUCUGGAUAAGAGCGUCUGCUAAAUGACUAAAAUGUAAAAUGUUAACAGAGGAAGAACAAUGAUUUCAAGCACCACCCUCCUUUUAAAGCUUCCAGUCUGUUAUUCUAACUCAAUCAGCAUGACAGAGUGAUCUCCAGCCUUGUCCUCGUCAACACUCUCACCUGUGUUAAUGAGAGAAUCACUGACAUGAUGUCAGCUGGUCCUUUUGUGGCAGGGCUGAAAUGCAGUGGAAAUGUUUUUUUGGGAUUAAGUUCAUUUUCGUGGCAAAGAGGGACUUUGCAAUUAAUUGCCAUUCAUCUGAUUGCAAUUUUUAUUUUUUCAUAUUACAACCUAUGUGUUGUGAUAAUUGUGUUAUUUGCUCUAUAACCUGUUAGUUCAUAUGCCUUGACACCGUGUUAUAUAUAUAUAUAUACUGUAAAUUGCACAAUAAUUAUACAUUUAUCAAUUUUUUUAAGUAGCCUAUUGUUUUCUGUUUUGUUGAACUUUAUUGCGGUAAAAUGAUGGAAAGUGUUUUUCGAAUAAAUUAUUGCUGAUAAUUGUUUAUCGUGGCGUGGGGAAGUCCUGCUCGUUUGUGUAGAUAAGCUCCCCCCACAUUUAGUUUUAAUGCAUACUGCUUCAAAUCAUUAUUUUUAACUAUAUAUUUUUUCUUGACAGGAUUGCCUGACUUGGGAUCUGAAGCUUUGCCUUGCUUUCUGGUUGGCUGCAGUUUCACCAUCCAAUUUUUCCGUCUGGAGUGCAAGUUGCACCAUGCAUGAACCGUGCGAUACAGGACAUGAAAUAUAUGGUCAAUAAUAGUAAUAUUGCAUUCUAUCCAUUGCUUUUGCUGGGCAGAGACAUAAACUGAUAGGUUGAGUGCAAACAGACUGUGGCCAAUUUAUUAAUGCGCAAUUAGCCUAAAUGGGUAGGCUAAUGGCAACACGUCAAUCACUACAUUUUUAUUUGCCACUACGUUUUUGCAAAAAAGUUUAGAUUUUUGGGUGUGACACCUUACUUCCCAGCUGUUUUUAUCGACACAAGAUAGUUAAGUGGAAACGUACCCUAUCAGGCAAUUGUCGCAUCUAUUUUCUAAAGUUUCUAAAUGUCGACAAAAAUAAAUACUGGACAAGUUAAUGGAAACAUAGCUACUGACUGUCAACACAAGCUAUGUUUACAUUAAAACUCCUAGAUUCGAUGUCCGCAACCCACUGAAAUAUAAUUGGGGGGGUGGGGUUGCAUUGGAUGCGUCUCAAUCGACCUCAUCUGCCUAUGUCGCACUUCCACAUCUGCGGUGAAAGGUGACAGAGCUAGAGCGGUGUUUGUCAGACCAUGAGACAUGCCGCUCUUCUCACAAAAUCGUCUGUAACGUCCAAUGGUUUGGGCUACACACUAAUAUGACCCCUCUGUGGAAAGGUGAGUCUUGUUUUGCUCUAGGAUACCCACAGGCCUCACAAGACUCCUCUGAAGGUCCCCAGUACCAGUUGAAAAAAUGAAUGGAUGUAUACAUGGAGACUGUUUAGUGCCAAAAAUAAGGGGUUAAAUAGCCUAUAUGUAAAAAUAUAUAACAAAGUUUCCUGAUCUUUCUUAUAUCUCUCAGAUAUUGGACAGACACUUCAGAACAAACUUUUUUUUUAUUUUGGGGGGGGGGGACUAUCUGUUGUUCCAUGUAGUGAAUCUGUUAUUCAAUGUGUUUGAAUAGGCUAAUAGCAGUAAGGCUAAGGAAAUAAAAAACGUCAUCAAAUCUUUUAUAUAUAUUUUUUUAUACUUCAAGUGGUCUUAAAAUUCUAAAUCAAAUAGCUAAAUGAUCCUUGGUAUGUCCUUCUUAAAACAAUUCCAUAUACACUACAUGGCCAAACAUCUCAUUCCAAAGUCAUGGUCAUUAAUAUGGAGUUGGUCCCCCCUUUGAGGGGACUUGCUUCCAUUCAGCCACAAGAGCAUUAGUGAGGUUGGGCACUGAUGUUGGGCAAUUAGGCCUGGCUCGCAGUCUGCGUUCCAAUUCAAGAACCAUGAAAAACAGUCCCAGACCAUUAUCCCUACUCCACCAAACUUUACAGUUGGCACUAUGCAUUGGGGCAGGUAGCAUUCUCAUGGCAUCCCUAACCCAGAUUCGUCCAUCAGACUACCAGAUGGUGACGCAUGAUUAAUCACUCCAGAGAACGCGUUUCCACUGCUCCAGAGUCCAAUGGCGGUGAGCUUUACACCACUCCAGGUGACGCUUGGCAUUGCGCAUGAUGAUCUUAGGCUUGUGUGCGGCUGCUCGGCCAUGGAAACCCAUUUAAUGAAGCUCCUGACUAACAGUUCUUGUGCUGACGUUGCUUCCAGAGGCAGUUUGGAACUCGGUAGUGAGUGUUGCAACCGAGGACAGACGAUGUUUACGUGCUACGUGCUUCAGCACUCGGCGGUCCCAUUCUGUGAGCUUGUGUGGCCUACCAUUUCACGGCUGAGCCGUUGUUGCUCCUAGACGUUUCCACUUCACAAUAACAGCAGUUGACCGGGGCAGCUUCUAGUGGGGCAGAAAUUUCACGAACUGACUUGUUGGAAAGGUGGCAUCCUAUGACGGUGCCACGUUGAAAGUCACUGAGCUCUUCAGUAAGGCCAUUCUACUACCAAUGUCGAUUCUAUACACCUGUCAGCAAUGGGUGUGGCUGAAGUAGCCGAAUCCACUAAUUUGAAAGGGUGUCCAUAUACUUUUGACCAUGUAGUGCAGCUUAGUAGGACCGAUGCACUAGAUUAGUGCAUUCAGAAAGUAUUCAGACCCCUUGAUGUUUUCUACAUUUUGUUACGUUUUUUCCUCAUCAAUCUACACACAAUAACCCAUAAUGACAAAGCAAAAACAGGUUUUGAGAAAUUUUUGAUAAUGUAUUCAAAAUGAAAAAUGGAAAUAUCACAAGUAUUCAGACCCUUUACUCAGUACUUUGUUGGAGCACCUUUGGCAGCGAUUACAGCCUCGAGUCUUCUUGGGUAUGACGCUACAAGCUUGGCACACCUGUGUUUGGGGAGUUUCUCCCAUUCUUCUCAGCAGAUCGUCUCAAGCUCUGUCAGGUUGGAUGGGGAGCGUCGCUGCACAGCUAUUUGCAGGUCUCCAGACAUGUUCGAUGGGGUUCAAGUCUGGGCUCUGACUGGGCCACUCAAUGACAUUCAGAGACUUGUCCCGAAGCCACUGCUGUGUUGUCUUGGCUGUGUGCUUAGGGUCGUUGUCCUGUUGGAAGGUGAACCUUCGCCCCAGUCGGAGAUUCUGAGCGCUCUGGAGCAGGUUUUCAUCAAUGAUUUCUCUGUACUUUGUUCCGUUCAUCUUUCCCUCAAACCUGACUAGUCUCCCAGUCCCUGCCGCUGAAAAACAUCCCCACAGCAUGAUGAUGCUACCACCAUGCUUCACCGUAGGGAUGGUUCCAGGUUUCCUCCAGAUGUGAUGCUUGGCAUUCAGGCCAAAGAGUUAGAUAUUGGUUUCAUCAGACCAGAGAAUCUUGUUUCUCAUGGUCUGAGAGUCCUUUAGGUGCCUUUUAGCAAACUCCAAGCGGGCUGUCGUGCCUUUUACUGAGGAUUGGCUUCCAUCUGGCCACUCUACCAGAAAGGCCUGAUUGGUGGAGUGCUGCAGAGAUGGUUGUCCUUCUGAAAGGUUCUCCCAUCUCCACAGAGGCAGGGAUCCACUUUCUCCAAAAAUGUCACUCCCACUGGAACAGAAUCAUCCUUUGCAUGACCAUCGGGGCGAGGCUCGGACUCAGAGUUCUUCAUCACACCUGCCACCGCAGGUAAUUCAUCGUCACUCUCGUCAGGUUCAAUUUCUAAGCCAUCAGAGACAGCAGAGUACGGUUUGUACUUGCCGCCAUUAUUCCUCAGCACACAUCUUCCCUCUGCACUCGGCUCUUCUUCCUUCUUCCUCGCUGUCCAUUACCACGUCUAUCCGUUCACAACACUCAUGCCGCGCCUUCAUCCACUGUAUAUUGCUUACAGAAUGCCUACUGAUGGUCUUUCUCCAAUACCCAAACUUCUGUUCCUUAGCCCGAUUUAUUAGUCUGGCUAUCUCUGGCCUCCAUACUCGCAGAAUGUGGGCCACUCUGCCCCCUUCAUUAGCUACACUUCCCGUGUCUCCUGUCAAUCUAUGAAAUGAUCAUGGCUAGAAUGGAUCCAGCUUUUGUCAAAUUAACAUCAGAUUUGACUUUUAGGAGAAUUUACGCAGCAGGUAAGAAUUAACGUAGCAGGUUAGGAGAAUUAGGUUACGGUUAGGGUUAGCUAAAAUGCACACCAAAAAAUCAACUUUUGACAUUAAUUUGACAAAAGCUGUAUCCCUUCUAGCCUUGAUCCUAUGACAUGUAUCUGUGCAAUGUUCAUAUGGAGGGAAUAAUUACUUUCUUACUGUAGAUGAUUCCUCAGAAAAGUUAUUGUGGUCAACAGACAGGGAAAAAUUACUAUACCAAAAACAAUGGUGUUUCAAACACACCUACAGUGCUUGGACCCGUAAGGGCGCUCGCCAGCUAGUUUAAUUUCCUUAUUCUGUAAAAAAUCUGUUCAAGAACAUGCCAUGUUGGCAUGUUGGCAUGUUUUCUUUUCUUUUUUUGGGAAGCAGCCUUGAUGUUGAACUUAAACCCAAAUUAAACAUAUUUCCACUGAAACUAUGAUUUGAGAAGCUUGAGAAGUUUAUAUUUCACUACAUGGGCCUUUUAAAAAUGAGGUUGGUUUACCGAAGGAACCUACAGAGGACAGGUUACAGUUGUAAGGUAUGUUAGGUGACUCAAAAUGGGAUCUGAUCUGCUGAGAUUCUGUCGGAUCUUGCAUGUCUCUCUUGUCUCCCUUCACAGUUUAGGUCUACUGGCUCUGCGGACCCCUGGGAGGCUAACCACAGCUCUGUAAAACUGGGAAAGAGUCUGGGCAAAGGUUCCUUUGGAGAGGUCUAUCAAGGCCUUUAUAACAACACUCUGGUUGCAGUGAAGACCCUUAUACGUGGUAAACACCUGGGCCAAGUUAUUCAAAAAAACUAUUUUUGAACUUUUCCUGUGGUCCUCUGCAGCUCAGCUGGUAGAGCACGGCGCUUGUAAUGCCAAGGUAGUGGGUUCGAUCCCCGGGACCACCCAUACACAAAAAUAUAUGCACGCAUGACUGUAAGUCGCUUUGGAUAAAAGCGUCUGCUAAAUGGCAUAUUAAAUUAUUAAUAUUAUUAAAAAAGCAAUAUCCCAAGUAUAAAUACAGUAAUGUACACACACUUAAGGGUAAAAAAAAAAUAUGUUUUGAGCGAAAUAGUGUUUUUUUAGACAUAACUGACAAAUUCAAGGAGUUGGUCUAAUGGGUCCACUGUUGUGUCGUCGGUCCUCCCUCCCUGGAAUAAUAAAGAGGAGCAACAAAGGACAGAGGACACAAAUAUUGAUCAGUAAUACUCUCUAAAUCUACUGUACAUUAAGCUGGCAAGGCUGUAUUGCAUUUUUUAUUUUUGAAGACAUGCAGCUGUACACAGAUUUUGCCAUCACUUAGGCAACGUCAAUUUUCUAUCUGAAUGACGCGAACAUUAGUCAAUGGGGGGCCCAUGCGUAAUCCGGCCAUGAUUACCGCAAUUUUGAGAUGGCUGGUUAGUCUAAUGUAAUACCUACAGCGAUGGUUCCCAAACAGUUUCACUCAGGCCCCCCUUUCAUCACUGGGGAACAUCUAUUUCUAUGUCCAUGAUGACAAAAAACUGUUCACUCCCCUCUUGUUGGCAGAGAUAAAAUAAAAUGUGCAGGUUUAAAGCAAAUUUCCUGCAAUUCUACACAUUUUGCCAUGUCUUAUGUGUGUUCAUGUGAUAUCUGAGUGACUCAAACAUGACAACAAAAUGGGCUAAAAAAGGUUAGCUGACAUGGGCUAGUUGAUCUGGACAUUUCUGACAAGUUAUACAGUAAAUGGCUCUCGAAGGUCUGCAAUGACUGACGAGGAAAACUGCUGAUACACUACCCAAUUUCGAAAUUGCACCUUGUGUAUUCUACUAUUACAACUUUCAAGAGUAAGUUUAAAGCCCGACUGAGUUCCUUAAAAAAAAAUCCAGCCAGUGUUGGAUGAAAAAUAAACAAUCUUCUUUUCCUAAUUUCCUCUCCUAGGCGCCAUGGACCCUCGGGACUUCCUAAAAGAGGCCCAGAUCAUGAAGACCAUGCAGCAUCCAAACCUUGUCCAGCUCUUGGCUGUCUGCACUAAGGAGGAACCCAUCUACAUCAUCACUGAGCUAAUGAAGAACGGAAAUCUGCUGGAUUACCUGAGUAAGAGUACACUGCCGUAUGAAGCAGCCAAGCCCUGCGGUACACGCCCAGGAGUUUUUCCUAAUUAUAUGACAUAUUAUCCCAUCAGAAAAAUGUAAGGGCUGUGGUCUUUAACUUUCUAUCAAAUCAAUUUUUAUUUACAGUGAAAUGCUUACUUACAAGCCCUUAACCAACAAUGCAGUUCAAGAAAUAGAGUUAAGAAAAGAUUGACUAAAUAAACUAAAGUAAAAAAUAAAAUAAGAAGUAACACAAUAAAAUAACAAUAACGAGGCUAGAUACAGUGGGUACCAGUACAAGAGUCAAUGUGCGGGGGUACAGGUUAGUCGCGGUAAUUUGUACAUGUAGGUAGGGGUAAAGUGACUAUGCAUAGAUAAUAAACAGUGAGUAGCAGCAGUGUAAAAACAAAGGGGGGGAGGGGUGUCAAUGUAAAUAGUCCGGGUGGCCAUUUGAUUAAUUGUUCAGCAGUCUUAUGACUUGGGGGUAGAAGCUGUUAAGGAGCCUUUUGGACCUAGACUUGGAACUCCAGUACCGCUUGCCUUGCAGUAGCAGAGAGAACAGUCUAUGACUUGGGUGACUGGAGUCUUUGACCAUCUUGCCUUCCUCUGACACCUCCUAGUAUAUAUGUCCUGGAUGCUAUGUUAUAGUUAUCAGGUCACAUGGCCAGUAAAACUCCUGGUGUUACUUAAAACCUCUCUCAAUUAUGGUACACAAACUAUAUGUUCAACAAGUGUAUAACUUUUCAAAAAAUGUUGUGUACCAACAGUUAAAAUAUGAGCUUUCAUAAUUCCACUAGUUCCUUUCAAAAUUAGAGUGUGAAAAUGAUACCCAUCAUGUCAUUCAAUUAUCUGUCUUUUUCUCAUCAUUGUACUUUCCUUCCCUGUUCCACAGAGGACCGGGUUGGAAGGCUACGCUUAAAUGACCAGAUUGAGAUGGCAGCUCAAGUGGCUUCUGGGAUGGCUUAUCUGGAGAUGAAGAACUACCUCCACAGGGACUUGGCAGCCAGGAAUGUGCUGGUCGGCGAGAACAACGUCUACAAGGUGGCUGACUUUGGCCUUGCCAGGGUCUUAAAAGCCACACCAAUGCAGACCGGCGUGUAUUAUAUACCUGUAGGGUAUGCAGUAUUCCCUUUGAGAUGGACGGCUCCUGAGGCCAUUGCCAACGAAAGGUUUACCAUCAAGGGUGACGUGUGGUCCUUCGGAAUCUUGCUGUAUGAGAUCAUGACCUUUGGGGGGAUUCCCUAUCCAAGUAAGACUUUCAUAUUUACUAUUUUAACUCCACAUCUCUAGUUAAGAGUAUACACUGAGUAUACAACACAUAAGGAACACCUAUUGGUUGUUAAAUCCGGAGAAAUUACGGACCAUGUAAAAAAAAACUGUUGGUCACUAAAUCCGUCUAAAAGGACCACGUAAAAAUGGUUGGCUGGUAUGCCCUCACCCAUCUGAGUGGUCAGCUGUGAAUGCCCUCACCCGCUAUGUACUUAUAACUGAUUGGUUUGGUUCUGCCCACUAUAGUGCUGUCCAGUCAGAACAUGAUGUUGAGGCCCAUACUGAACACUUGGUCACAACCACACUCACACACACGCAGACAUACCUGUUUCCAUUUGAAGAUGUUUAUAUGAUCGUUGUAAUCCGAAUGACUUGGAAUCUUGUUGUUUUGGUUCUAUAAGACAAAGAUAUGAACACAUGUAAACAGUAUUACUUAAGGGUUAGAACUAUGCAAUAUACAUAUAUGUACAUGAAUAAAUUGGAAAUGGCAUUACACUUACAACAUGUCUAUAAAGGGCUAUAAACACAGCCUCAAUGUAAACAUAAACUUAAACAUUCACCUCUUGGAGAGAGAGAGAAACUAAUUACUUGGAUUGACAAAGGGUCAAGAUUUAAGGCACCCUCUCUCUCCAUCCUUGUGUGAGAAUCUGCCAGGCUGAGACCUGCGCUGGCGCCACAGGGUCAUAAAUUACUCUGCGCAUGAGCAUGCUCCAAGAACUGUCUGGGAUGAUUCUAGAAGCUCGCCCAUGGCAGCGCAAUAAAACAGCUUAAUAAAGGCCACUAUGGAAAAACGCUGUGGUAGCGUGUGCAUGCAAAAUACUAUGUUUACCAAUACAACAAUUAAACUACUUCUGCGAAAGUACUUGUGCAACCAAUGCAAUAACACUUCUGGCAGUACGGAAUAAUACUACAUACGAUAAACAAUAGACAAAGCAGUAUUGGCAACUCUAACAUUACAGAAUAGUAACAGCCAUACAGUAGAACAUAUGUCUGAAAGCUAUCUAAGUAACAGGAAGUAAUUAGUGGUAAUUACCUAUUAUUACACAGAAUGUAAAAACCCCAAUAAACCCCCCUGCAACGUAUAUUUCAAUGCACGCACAACAUUCAGACAUUUGUGUUACUGUCGACAAUAAAAAGUCCUUCUCCCUUCGGACGACGAUAAAACUCUGAUCUGAGUGGGCGGGUGUAGUGUCCAGAUGCGCAUUUCCAAGCACUCUGAUUGGUUGGGAAUGGCAGGGCUAUGAUGGGUGAGGGAUAACUUAGGUAGGCUGAGCAGCCAAACUAACGGGACUUAAGGGAAACUGAAGGGACUGUGAGGGGAAGUUAGGUAGAGAGGAUAGGAGCAGGACGGCCUUAUUUACAUCUAUGCUGAUAGAAGUAUGAAAAAUGUAUGCACUCACUAACUGUAAGUCGCUCUGGAUAAGAGCGUCUGCUAAAUGACUAAAAUGUAAAAAUGUAAAAUUUAACAAAUGACAUCAAUAAGGGAUCAUAGCUUUCACCUGGAUUCACCUGCUCAGGUGUUCUUAAUGUUUUGUAUACUCAGUGUAUCUGCGGAAGCGAGUUAGGAUUAUGAUUUUGUGUUUAACAUGCCCUCAGUUAAAAAGACACGUUUCUAUCUACUGUUUAUCUAUUCUUUUUAUGUCACACCACAUGUCCCUGGUUUGAUUGUUUUACUGUGUGAGAUCAGUUGCAUUACACUUUAACCAGGUUAUAUUAUUGUUUCAGACAUGAACAACUCCGAGGUGAAACAGAAGGUUCCCAAUGGGUACAAGAUGCCUUGCCCCAGAGGCUGUCCCAGGGGCAUGCACAUGAUCAUGUUGGACUGCUGGGAGGAUGAUAAAUACAGCAGGCCCACUUUCAAGGCACUGCAAACAAAGCUGAGGAACAUUUGACAAUGGGUGAUUCUGUAACCUUGAGUAUCGAUUAAGUAACAGUAAUUACAUUAGUCUUGUUUCUGAGCUCUGUCAUCUAUUUUUGAGAGUCUGGAAUGUUCCUUAGCCUUGAAUAACACACAUCACUAUCUUAAAUUGCUACCAUGACCACAUUGCUGAUUUUACUGACUGCACUGUGAAGGAAUAAAAGUUGAUGUCAACUCUGCUGUCUUCAAACAUGGUGUAUGCUUCCACAUUAAACCUUUCCUUCUGUCUAUACA